AUGACGACCGAAAAAGAAGCAGGCUCAUCGGUCGACGGCAAAUCGUCGAUUGGCAAAUACGCACAAAAGAUGACCCAACUACAGCGAGAUCGUCACAUGCUACUCAUCUCUUUGAGGAGAUUGUUUGGCAAAUCGAGCACGUGCGCGACACGCAUCCCCCCUUUGAUCUCUAUCUUCGAGUGUUGGAAAGAAGGUCGGACCCCGUCACCGACAUUUGAAGACGCGGAAAAGAUCGACAAGCCACUUCUAGCCAUGUGCCAAAGCAUCGCGAAAGACCCAGAUGUCGGUCACGAGGCGACAGAGAAACUCAACGAGGCUAGAGAUACUCUUCACAAGAUUCGUGGGCAGUAUGAGGUGGCAAUUUCAGACGAACAUUCACGAAAACUCCAUUCCAACCCCCACUUCUUCGAAACCUUGGCUUUCUUGACAGAGGAAAACCACAUGCGUACGGCAUACAUCGUAGCCAAGAGAGUUGUGGAGGGCCGCGAGAUUCCAGAGGAGCUCGUGCAGAUGAUUGUCAGCAACAUGUGUCAAGAGAGAUCGAAUCGGCUAGGAGCGAUGAGGAAAGUCUAUCAGAAGGAUCUGAAGAAGAUGAAAACAAAGCAGUCUCGCCAAUAG